AUGCACGAAGCGAAGCACGGCUUCCCGGGAAUGCUAGGGAGCCUUGAUUGCAUGCAUUGGCCGUGGAAGAAUUGUCCAACGGCAUGGCAAGGCGCAUACACUCGCGGCGAUCAGGGAGAACCGAUCAUCAUCCUCGAAGCCGUCGCAUCGCAAGAUCUAUGGAUCUGGCAUGCUUUUUUUGGGACUCCUGGUUCAAACAACGACAUCAACGUGCUCAACAACUCGACGUUGUUCAACGAUCGGCUGCAAGGAAUGGGGGUGCCGAUCACAUAUCAAGUCAACAACGCCUACUACACAAGUGGGUACUACUUGACUGACGGCAUCUAUCCCAAUUGGCCUGUAUUCGUGAAGAGUCCUACACAUCCGACGGAUCCGAAGGGGAAGAGGUUCAAAGUGAUGCAUGAAGCGGCUCGCAAGGAUAUUGAACGAGCCUUCGGCAUCCUUCAAGCUCGUUGGGCAAUCGUCAAAGGCCCAUCGCGUCUUUGGAGCAAGGAGGCGAUGAGCGACAUCAUGUUCACGUGCAUCAUUUUGCACAACAUGAUCAUCAAAGAUGAAGGCGAGCACGCAACACAGUGGGAAGAAGACGCCGACGAAGCUUCAAGUAGCGCCGCAUCUCAACCUCGUGCCGGUGCUCCGCCGGAUUUUUGUGCAUUUGUUGCACGACAAGCAUCCAUGCGAGACGCGGAGAUGCAUGCUCGCCUCACUUUGGACUUGAAGGAGCACAUUUGGUCUCAUUUUAACGAGGCCGAUUCUUAA